AUGGCGAACCAAGAGACUCACUAUGGCUUCGACGAAGGCGGAGAUGACGACCAGUCUAUUGUGUCGACGCGCGGACUCGAGGCUUUCAGUCGAAAGGUCACAACUACAGCUACUCAUUUGAUCGGUCCCAAUGCCGAAGCCACGGCUCAUCAUUACCAAACCGCGAUGGCCGAGGUGCACAAACAAAUGAAGCGGCCGACGGUCCAGCGAAGCAUGUUCGCGAUGGCCAGGACAACCCCAACCGACCUCAUGCGCUCCAGACUUUCAACGCACGAAAUCCAGCAUCGCGCUUUGACAUACCUUCCCGAUGAACUGCUUGCCAAUAUUCCUGAGCAUGAUAAUCCUUACUCGCUGUUUCAGGGUUUCCAGGCCAGCUUCCCCGAGCUGACUGACGAGGGCAAAAAGUUCCAGCGACGAGUCACCCGCGGUCGCAAGAUGCUGGAAGAUUCAGAUGGGACCCCAGGAAGCCCCAAAAAAUUGACUCAAUUAAAAAAAGAAAAGGCUGCCAUGAUGCAUGAGUUUGGGCUGUUGGGUACUCGUAAGAGCAUGGCGAGCUACGAGAUUCGAGAAAUCGAUAACAAAAUCGCCAAUCUCCACGGCAUGCGAAGAAUUAUUCUGGACAGGCUCGCUGGGUUGGAACAGGAUGAAGCUAUGCUGGAGCACGACAUUUCCGAGAUGGAAAUCCGAGUUGAUGAGGCGCAGGCGCUGGUUGAUGAGGCGGAGGAAAUCGCACGAAACACACGAACCCAGGACGAGCAAGAUCUGGUUGGCGAUGCCGAUGACCACGAUCAAGAGUUCAUGUCCCAGUCAGUUUAUGAUAAGAUUCCCUCCUCAGAAGCAGGUAGCACGCCCCGGAAAACGAAAAAGGUCCAUCGUAAGAAGUCAAUGCCCAUUCUGCACGAGCAUUUCGAGCCUGGCACAGCCAUUCGCGAGCUCCGAGCACACAAGGACACGAUUACAGCUAUUGAUUUUGACGCCCCUUUUGGUACUAUGGUUACUGCUGCGCUGGAUGAUACAGUUCGCGUUUGGGAUCUCAACGCUGGUAGAUGCAUGGGUUAUUUGGAAGGACACACUGCUUCGGUACGCGCCUUACAGGUUGAGGAUAACAUUCUCGCAACGGGCUCUAUGGAUGCGACCAUUCGACUCUGGGACCUCAGUAAGGCGCACUACGACCCUCACGGCGGCUUGGGAAAAGACGACGAUGAGGAUGCUAUCGCUUUUGGAACGGAUAACCACCUUGAACCCCCACAUGGUAGCAUGGCUGAUUGCCCUCUGUACACGUUGGAAUCACAUGUCGACGAGAUCACAGCCCUUCACUUCAGGGGUGAUGUUAUGGUUUCCGGUUCUGCAGACAAGACGAUUCGCCAUUGGGAUCUUGAAAAGGGGCGUUGCGUGCAAACAUUAGACGUUAUGUGGGCGGCAGCAGCGAGUAUGACGACUACAGACAGCGGGUGGCGACCUACGGGGCGGUCUCAGAGCAGUUCAGCCGACUUCGUGGGUGCAUUGCAGGUCUUUGAGACGGCACUUGCUUGUGGUACCGCAGACGGCAUGGUGCGACUUUGGGAUCUUCGAAGCGGCCAGGUCCAUCGCAGUCUUGUUGGUCACACAGGUGCAGUUACGUGUCUCCAAUUCGACGAUGUGCAUCUGGUGACAGGAAGUGUAGAUCGAAGCAUCAGAAUUUGGGACCUUAGAACAGGGUCUAUUUACGACGCAUAUGCAUACGACAAUCCAAUCACAGACAUGAUGUUUGACGCCCGAAGAAUCGUCAGUGCUGCUGGUGAGGACGUUGUCAAGGUGUACGAUAAGGUGGAGGGACGACAAUGGGAAUGCGGCGCCGGCAUCACGGCCGCUGAAGACGAUGCUCUAGUAGAUCAUGUUGACGAACAUUCGGCAUAUGGGAAAAUUCUCGUCAGGUAUUUCGAGAUAACUCAAGAGCUCGUUAAGGCACCAGACGCUCAGCCGAGAACGACAAAUGCAGGCUCUUCAGGACCUGGAGGGUCCGAAGGGGUUUCUGAGAGACUUUUAGGGAAAUCGACAGAUCACGCUGCGCAUACAGAUCCCACAGCAGAUGCCAUGGUUCGACUUCUUGCACGACAGGCUCAUACGUUGAUCACAAUCCACAAUGAUUUGACGUCGAAUAAGAGUAUCGUCAACAUCAAUCAGGAUCUUCUCAAAAUAAGAAUAGCAGACUUGAUCUCCAUCUCGUCAUCCAAGUUUUACGCCUACCGUUACGAUCUCCUCCCUGUCAUAUGGCGUCAGAUAUAUACUGACGCUUGCAUCCUUGACUCUUUUAGCCUCAUUGUGCAACCACUCACAAUUGAUAGCAUUGUCCCAGAUAAGCUUCUAGAUCUUGUCGUUGAGAAGCUUGACAGAGCACUCAUCACGGCUGGUGGUGGUGGACGACAACAAUGGCUUGAGGAGACGAUACGGAUGCUUGAAGUAGCCUGGACGGCGAAUGGGGAGCAUGAGAGGCCAACAAAGCGUCAAAGAUAUGACACUUCGACGCAAUGCUUUUCCAACUACCAGCCUUACGGACAACCGAGGCUCUCACCUACGAGGGAAUGUCCUCGACACUCCGGCUGGGCAAUGCCGCAGUUUGAAGACUACAUGAAUAGCAACAACGGAGAGCCUCGGCCUGUUAUCUUCACAGAUUUAAUUGCAGAGUGGCCUGCUCUCACAGACCGCCCCUGGAAGGAUCCCGAGUAUCUCCUCUCCCAGACCUUUGGAGGGAGACGUCUGGUACCGGUUGAAAUCGGUAGAAGUUAUGUUGAUGAGGGUUGGGGACAAGAACUUAUCCAGUUCCGCGAAUUUCUUGCUCGUUAUGUUACAGGAGAAACAGAGAGCAUUGGCUAUCUCGCCCAGCAUAACCUCUUCCAGCAGAUCCCUUCUCUUCGUAACGACAUAUCCAUCCCGGACUUCUGCUGGGUCGACGUCCCACCUCAUCCAACAACUCCGUCUCUAAAUCAGCCGCCGGUUGACAUGCCCCAGCUCAACGCCUGGUUCGGCCCAGCGCGCACUAUCACGCCUCUUCACACCGAUGGCUAUCAUAACCUGCUCUGCCAGGUCGUUGGAACAAAAUAUAUCCGUCUGUAUCCCCCUCGCGCAACACAUGCGAUGCGGCCGCGGGCAUCUGAGCAUGGUGUUGAUAUGAGCAAUACGAGUGGAUUGGAUGUGGGGGUGCUCGAAGAAUGGGAUGAGAAACCCAAAGAUAUGAAUGACGAAGAUGUCCAAAAGAUGAGGAAACAGCUCGAAGGUAUCGAGUAUUGGGAGUGUAUCCUUAAACCAGGAGACACACUGGUUAUUCCUAUCGGAUGGUGGCAUUAUGUGAGAAGUCUAAGCGUGAGCUUCAGUGUAAGCUUCUGGUGGAAUUAA